CCUUCUGGCUGUAGACAUGUCUAUCCUCUCAUGAUCUUUAUUUAUAGCUGUUGCACGGAUUUAUCCUUUUAAUAUGUUUGCGAUAAAGUAUUGUGACACAUUGUAGUAUAAAAUGGAGCAAACAGAAUGGCAAAGCGCAAACGAUCCCAUUCAAACAGCGCCAGAAGAGGCAGAAGCUACAGCAGAUGAUGUGCAUGAUGAUUUUGGUGAGGAGGAUUUUUUCAAAGAACUGUCCCAACUGGACUGCAGUCCUUAUAGUCCCACAGAUCCAGUUGAUGGCAGACAAGCAGACCAGACUGAGAGUCAGGACAGUGGACUGGAUGCAUCAGCUCCAGUAGCAGCAGCUAAAUGUCCUCUAGAUUUAAGUUUUCCAUCUCCAACUAUUGCAGAGGCAGCAUCUACUAAUUCAUAUGAUCCAAAGAGUGAGCAAAAUAUCAAACUUGAGCAUCACCCAUAUGUGAUUGUUGAUGAAGAAUUUGGCCACUUACAUACAGGAAAUGAAACUACUGAGGUGCAGCUUGAAGAAAGGGACAUAGAAAGUCAAUCUGCAAUAACACGACUUCGCAAUACAUUAGUACCAAAGGCAAGGUGCAAUAUCCCAUACAUACCAAACAUAUCUCCAAUAACAAAGGAAACUGUGUUAGAUGAAGCUGCAAACUUCAUCAAUGUAGUACAAGAACAGAUCAAGCAAGCCUUGAUGGGACAUUGGAACCAUCCCAUUAUCACACAUUCCCCUCUAGAAUAUGCUUCAGACACAGUUGAUCCUAAACGACCCAAGAAUGGCUUCAUUAGAUUCUCUAUCAAGUUCCGCAAAGACAUUGCCACAGAGCACCCAAACUUGGAUAACAGAGAAAUAUCCAGAAUAUUGGGAUCCAAGUGGAGAAAGUUAUCUGACAAAGAGAAGAGACCAUUUGAAGAGGAGUUCAUAGAAGAGAUGGCUGAAAGAAGACGGGAAAAUCCAGACUGGAAGUAUGGAGGUGUAAGAAAGAAGCUAAAAGCUGACCUCAUAGAGCCAAUGCCCAGUCGACUUAGACCUAGAGCCAAACUCAAGCGCAAGCUUCCAAAGCUCACUCGCUCUUACAAACGUCGCAAGACCCAUUCCCAUCACUACCAAGCUGGGCACAGUGCCUUCCGUCAGAGGUACCCCAUCUUAGUGUUCCACAGUAACUGGGUGCAAUGUGAUCUCUGCAAUAAGUGGAGGAAGUUGCCCCCUGGAGUCAAUACAUCAGAGCUUCCAGACAAAUGGUUCUGCUCACGUAAUCCUGAUUUGAUGCACAACUGCUGCGAAGUUGAGGAAGAAGGUGAGACAACAUCCACUGGUAGCACUGUUCACCUCCAAGCUGUAGCAGCUGAAAACAACCAUAGUCCACAGCAUACAUGUGAAACAACUGACAGCCAAAAUGUACAUGUGCCAAGCUUUGAACCGAAUCUACCAAAUAUUGAUCAGUUAGAUAUUCACAGUGAUACCUCUAGUGCAUCAGAGUCUCAUAUUCAUAUGUCUGUCAAUGAAUUCCCAAGUAAUGAGAAUGCAGAGGUGAUUCUAGAGCCAUAUGAUACAUCUCCAGUCAAAGGAGCUCAGACUGUGUUCACCUAUAACACACCACUCAUCAAAUCAGGACAAACAGGAUUUGCUAGGUCACCUCUGAGUGGAACCCAUCUUAAUGAUAUAACAUCUCUCGCUAUGAACCAACCUGAUUUUAGUAGAAAUCUCAUCAUUGACACAUCUCCUUUAUCAGAGACACAGCCACACCAUCUUGACACAUCACCAUUAUCCAGCAAUGGGUCAAAUUUUAGUGAUUUUAGAGUGAGCUUGGAUCACCUAGAUGUUAUACAGGAUGGGAUGGUUGCUUUAGGAGAAGAGACUGGACAAUUUGACAUACAAAAUUUCACACAGGAUGACUUGGAAAACACUCUCAAUGGAUCAGACCAAUCUGUGUCAUCAUCCAACUGUAUAAUGCCAAAUGAAAAUGAAAUAUGA